GUUGGUGACAGAUAAAAAAAGGCAAGGCCAACACUUUUGGCGAACGUGCUCUAAACGAAACUAGCGGCUGAGGCAAGGCCUCAGGCAAACAUGGCUCCCGUCGCUGGUCACCGGCAUCCACGGUCAUCGGAGGAGGCAGAAACUGCAGCAGCCGUCGCUGCCGGACAGGAUGGCGAAGAGGAGCCAUCAGUGGAGGUGGCGUUCGCGGGCCAGCCGCCACCGCCGUGGUGGCGGCAGGUCACGGUGCGGUCGGUGGCCGUGAGCACGGUGCUGGGCGCCGUGCUGAGCUUCAUGUCGAUGCGGAUCGGGCUGACGGCCGGCGUCGGCCCGACGUUCAACAUCGUGGCGAGCCUCCUCGGCUUCUUCGUGAUCAAGUCGUGGACGCGGCUGCUGGCCCGCUUCGGCGUCGCCUCGCAGCCCUUCACCAGGCAGGAGAACGUCGUCCUCCAGACCUGCAUCAUCUCCUGCUCCACCCUCUCCUUCUACGGUGGUUUCACGACCUACCUGCUCGCGAUGACCGAGACGGUGGCGAAGUCCGCCGGCGGGACGGGCACCGGCAAGGACGUGUACACGCUGCACACCGGGAACGUGGUGGCCUUCCUCGGCCUCGUCACCUUCGCCAGCCUGUUCUGCACCCUCCCACUGCGGAAGCUCAUGAUACUGGACUACAAACUGAUGUAUCCAUCUGGUUCAGCUAUCGCCGGAAUCGUCAACAGCUUCCACACGCCAGCGGGAGCCGCAACAGCAAAGAGGCAGGUGCUGGCCAUGUCCAAAGCCGUUGUUGGGAGCUUCAUGUGGGCAUCCUUCCAGUGGGUUUACACGGGAGGGAGCGGCUGCGGCUUCCAAGUUUUUCCCUUGUUCGGAUUGAAGGCAUACAAGCAGAAGUUUUACUUCGAUUUCUCCGCGAGUCUCGUCGGUGUGGGCAUGAUCUGCCCUGUCCUCAUCAACUUCUCCAUGCUUUUCGGAUCUAUCAUUACCUCCUUCUUCCUGUGGCCAACCCUCCAGAGCAAGAAAGGGGACUGGUACAAUGAUCCUUCGCCGACAAAUUUCAAGGGAAUCAAUGGAUACAAGGUUAGUGACAGAAUUCCAUCUGAACUUCACCGUGGUUCGUACUUGAUCAGAUGUUUCAGUCUUCGCACUUCGCUGACCAUGUUUGCUGCUUCCAUGAAACAGGUGCCCAUGGGCAUAUCGAUGGUGCUCGGGGAUUGCCUGUUCCAACUGGGUUCAAUCACCAUAAGGGCUGCCAGCCACUUCCACAUGAAUCGCCAGCAACGGAAUCCCGGCGGUACCAACAUACCAGCCGAUGGAAAUUCAGAUAAACAAACAGCUCUUAGCUACGAUGAGCGUCGCAGGAACAAGAUCUUUCUGAACGAAGGACUGCCGGGCUAUGUCUCGGUUGCUGGCUACAUCCUCUUCGCAGCCGUCUCAGCAAUCUUUGUUCCACGUAUCUUCCCACAGAUGCGAUAUUACCAUGUGGCCUUAUUAUACGCUGUCGCUCCCAUCUUGGCAUUCUGCAAUUCAUAUGCUUCUGGACUGUGUGACUGGUCCCUGGCAUCCGUCUAUGCGAAGCUUGCUAUAUUCCUUGUUGGGGCAUGGGUUGGUGAAGCAUCUGGUGGCGCCAUUGCCGGUCUUGCUGCCUGUGGUGUCAUGUUGAUGAUCAUUGGCAAUGCUGCUGAGCUCAUGCAUGACUUCAAGACAGGAUACCUAACACUCACCUCGCCGCUGUCAAUGUUCAUAAGCCAAGUAAUUGGGACUGCACUUGGUUGCUUGAUCAACCCGCUUGUCUUCCUGUCCUUCGAAAAACUUGUUGGCAAAGAGCAUCUGGGAGAAGCUGGAUCGGUAUUCUCGGCGCCCUUGGCCACCGCAUACCGUGGGCUCGCAAUUUUAAGUGUUGAAGGAACCAAGAUACUCCCAAAGCACUCCAUUGAGUUCUGUAUAGCUUUCUUCCUUAUGGCCUUUUGCUUGGAUUGCCUGUCAGCAGUAGCCAAAGCAAGGAAGUGGAAGGCAAGUAACUACAUUCCAAACGCCAUGGCUAUGGCAAUUCCAUUCUUAAUCGCACCGAAUAUUGCAAUAGACAUGGCCUUGGGGAGUCUACUGUUAGUUAUCUGGAAGAAAACAGAUAAGAAAAACGCAAAUAUGCUCGCAGUUGUAGUAGCAUCAGGUUUGAUAUGUGGAGAUGGACUUUGGGCAUUGCCAUCAGCAUUACUUUCAAUUUUCCAAAUCGAGCCACCCAUCUGCAUGAAGUUCUUUUCUAGUCAUCAGAACAAGAUAAUGCGGGAGCACUUCCUACCCAAAGUGACUACCUCACGAUGAUACAGACAAGUACUGACAGAAAUUGCUUGUAAAUGAUUUCAGAUCAUAUUGUUAUAAAGUUAUUUAGUGCACAGC